GCUAUAUUGGCCAUGUUUUGCCUUUUCUUGCAGCAAACAGCAGAGGUACAACAUACUAAAUACCCAAUCGGUAGCGCUGACGGUAUUGCAUCAGAGAUGGCAAUCAUCAUGUACUCGGAUGUCGUGGAAACCAUAAUGAACUUCAACGGCCAAGACAACAUCGACGGAGUUCUAGAGACUAUUGAAGGCCUGGUUUACCAACAUGGCGGAUCGACAAGAACCGGUGAUGCACUAGAGAGGGCGGAAUCUAUGCUAGCAGAAUCAUCAUGCGAUUCCCAGGUGCUUGUGGUCAUUACCGACGGACAGUCGAACGCCGGCGUAAAUGUCUGUGAGGCGGCCGCUCGACUUAAGAAUG